GCUGCCGCCGCUGGAGCUCUCAAAACACUCACAUGCAAAUCAGCGCCAACACUCAGUUUGGAGAUUAUCGACGCGGACUGGUGAAAAAACAACUUAAUAAAGCCCCGAGCUCGAGUCAAGAUCAUUCUCACUGAUGGAGAAGCGUGUUUUAUCGGUUAAAAAGUUGAGUAAAGGUGACUUUCUGAGUUAGUUCGUUGUUGUUUGUUGAGGAGUGAUCCUGGAGCCGCUGUUAUGACAUUGAAAAUUAAUACUUCACACGAAUAUAAUGGUUUUGCUGCUCCAAUCCUCUCAACCGUCCUAAACCCCAGCAUCAGCCGCCUCAGAAAGCACUCUGGAAACUCGAGAGCGUAAAAAGCACUCGGCGAAUCGUCAUCGCAAUAAUAGAUUUUCCAUUUUCCCCGGCUGUCUUCCGCAUCUGUAACCAGCCGCUCAGAGAGCAGACGCUGAUUCUGCUGAUUUGGAUGACGUGAGCGUCGGAGGGGGAAAAAAAUCCAGAUCUGGUCGCCUUUGCGGUUUCGCUCAGACGUCUGGCCGUCACCUCCUUCGAAGCGGAGGAUUCUGGGAUAGCUGUAUGGAGGUGUGAAGGACUGGUUUGCGGGACAUUCUGGCUGGUGGAGAUCAUGGGAAAGGAGCAGGAUCUUCUGCAAGCGGUCAAGAAUGGAGAUCUAGCCACUACACAGAAACUGCUGGCCAAAGUCAGAGCCAGCAAAAGCAAGUUACUGGGCUCCACCAAGAGGCUGAACAUCAACUAUCAGGAUCCAGACGGGUUUUCUUCAUUGCACCAUGCUGCUCUCACAGGAACUACAGAGCUGCUUUCUCUAUUGUUGGAGGCUCAGGCUGUUGUGGACAUCAAGGACAGCAAUGGCAUGCGGCCGCUGCAUUACGCAGCAUGGCAGGGGAAAGCAGACUCGGUGCUGAUGCUGCUGCGGUCUGGAGCUGCAGUUAACAGCGCGUCCCAUGACGGACAGAUCCCACUUCAUCUGGCGGCUCAGUAUGGACACUACGAGGUGUCUGAGAUGCUGCUGCAGCACCAGUCGAACCCGUGUGUGUUAAACAAGGCUAAGAAGACUCCUCUGGAUCUGGCCUGUGAGUUCGGGCCUAUGGGGGUGGCUCAGCUGUUGUUGAGCAGUAAUAUGGUGGCGUCUCUGUUAGAGGGCGAUCAGAGAGACGCGUCAGACUCCAACUGUAACACUCCUUUACACCUCGCCGCUCGCAACGGACACAAAGACGUCAUCCGGCUUCUUUUAAAAGCAGGAAUUGACAUCAACAGAACCACUAAAGCGGGCACAGCGCUCCACGAGGCCGCCCUCUAUGGGAAAACAGAGGUAGUGCGGCUCCUUCUGGAUACGGGCAUCGAUGUGAAUAUCCGUAACACUUACAAUCAGACAGCGCUGGACAUCGUCAACCAGUUCACCGCAUGCCACGCCAGCAAAGACAUCAAGCAGCUGCUACGAGAAGCGACAGGAGUUCUUCAGGUCAGAGCUCUGAAAGACUUCUGGAACCUUCACGACCCCACAGCCCUCACCAUACGGGCUGGAGACGUCAUCACGGUGAUCGAGCAGCAUGUGGACGGACGCUGGAAAGGACACAUUCACGACACCCAGAGAGGAACAGACCGAAUCGGAUACUUCCCACCCUCCAUAGUAGAAGUGAUCAGCCGACGCUCAGGGGGCACCCUGCUUCGACACGCAUCUCUGCCCAGCCACAGACAGCAGCUGUUCUCCAGGCCCACCCUCAGUCCCAGCUUGAGUCUGAGCGGUGCGCCUCAAACCGACGACUCCUACACUCUGUACACCCCUAACCCACACCUGCUCCUGCCCCACGCCAACGCUUUGAGCAGCAACACAGGUGCUCCUCCCAGCAGUCUGUCCCAGCACUUUACGCCCAGCAUGGAGGACGUGUGGGUUCUGAGGAACUCCUGCGCUGCCGGGGACAGAAACAGCGUGGGCAGCACUGGCAGUGUGGGCAGCACCCGCAGCGCAGGCAGUGGGCAGAGCACAGAAAGCAACAGCGCCCCCAGUGGAGCACAACAGCACCAGCAUGCCACCAUCCCUGACGUCAGCAAGGCGGCACCAGCAGCUGCAGAUUUACUACAGCCAGACAAUAACAACCAUCCUGAUGCAUCCACAGGAGCUCCGCGCAGGCCUGUGGUGCCCACACAGAGGGCAGUAGAGCAGGGUUUCUCUCAGCAGUUCGUCCGUCCUCAACAGCUGCUCGAGGGCAAGGAUGCUGAAGCCAUCUAUCAGUGGCUGAGUGAGUUUCAGCUGGAGCAGUACACCGCAAACUUCCUCAGCGCUGGCUACGAUGUGCCCACCAUCAGCAGGAUGACCCCUGAGGAUCUCACAGCGAUCGGCGUGACUAAACCAGGCCACCGCAAGAAGAUUUCCCUGGAGAUCGGCAACCUCAGCAUUCCAGAUUGGCUCCCGGAGUACACACCGCAGGACCUCGGAGAGUGGCUGAGUGCCAUAGGUCUGCCCCAGUAUCAUAAGAAACUCUCGGAAAACGGCUACGACUCCAUAAACAUUGUCCGAGAUCUCACAUGGGAGGACUUACAGGAGAUUGGCAUCACCAAACUAGGCCAUCAAAAGAAGCUAAUGCUUGCAGUGAAGAAGUUGUGUGAUAUCCACAAGGCUCUUCUGCAGGCUGAAUCUGGACAGGGCACACUGCGCCGCAAAACACCCGCAGCCCUUGACCUGGUCACAAUCGAGCCCCCUUCUGAGAGCAGUGACCUCCCCUCGCCCCACACGCCCAAAAUGAUGACUUUCCAGGACAGCGAGCUGAGCACAGAGCUCCAGAGUGCCAUGUCCUCGCAAUACAGCGGCUGCCAAGAUGGACUAGCCAUCAAGAGUGCAGUAGGCAUGUCCUCCAGUCAGGAGAGCAUCGACACUCGCUCUCGAGGGUCUGGACGUUCUCAGGAGCCUCCCAGCACACCCUCGUCCACUUCAGCUCCAUAUAGUCGUUCACGAGAGAGUCUAACGAGCCCCGACAGCAGUCCUGCUAAAGAGCGAAACAUCCCCGAAGGCCGAGAUCAGGGUCCACGUCCCCAGCAGCUCCCGUUCAGCUUUAAAUAUCCAACAAUUACAGCCAAACCCAAUCUGCAAGUCCUCAAUUAUCAUCGUGCACAAUAUAGCAGUGCUACGCUUGAUCGCCACUCUCCUAGCGUGUCCAAGAAACGUACGCAGAGUCUAUCCCGGUAUGCUUUGUCUGAUGGCGAACCAGAUGAUGACGAUGAUAGUGAAGCGGCUCAGCUUGCUAAUGUAACUAUGCCUUCAUAUGCAACGCUGAGCCGAAAACCUACCAGAGGACAGUUAGCACGUCUUCAGUCCGCCCCAGAGCAAUCUGUCGGACGGAGUCACUCUUUUGCAAUUAGGGCUCGGCGCAAAGGACCUCCUCCUCCACCUCCUAAACGUCUCAGCUCCGUCAGCAGCAGCAGCACUAGUGUUGAAACCGUCUCCGAGUCUCCACCUUCUGGAGGAGUGGAGAAUUGCAAGAGUGUAAAGAGUAUAGCUGCGGCGCUAGAAACAGUCCUACCUGUGCCUACUGUGGAGCUCCUUCAGGAGACUAAAACUAGUGUGAUUGAAGGGUCUAAACAGAGACCUCUGAGUGAAAGCGAAUCUAAACCAAUGUCUGGCAAAGCAGAUCCUGAGAGAGCCACAAAGUCAGACUCGGAGGAAGAUGACGGGACGAAGGAUUCAGGACUGGAGAGUUCGUCUUCACCUCAGAACAGCUCCAGUGAAUGCAUCCCGUUUGCAGAGGAAGGCAACCUCACUAUUAAACAGAGGCCCAAAGUUGGAGGACCCCUCAAAAUGGAGACCACCGCCACCACCACUGAGUGUCCGGAGAAAGCCAAACCAGUCAAAACCCCCGACCUUCCAGAGUUCAAUCUCAAAGAGUCCGACACUGUGAAAAGACGGCAGAAGCCAAAGGAUAAGGAGCAGCCGAACGCAGUGUCUGGGGAAUCGUCGGAUUUAGGAUCUCAGGACACAAUGAAGCUCCGCAUCAGUGAAACCGAUGUGAGUCUGCCUUAUGUGGAGCUUCAGGCCAAACCUGUGAAAGCACCUCCGCCUCUUGCCCCAAAACCUCCCAGUCCUCUGAGUCUAUCACGGCACACUUCUCAACCUGAUCCCGCACAUCCAACAGUUGUUGGCUCCAGCGUGACUCUGAGUGUUGUUCAGAGUGUGGCCUUUGCAGCGCCUCCAUCUCCAAUCCCAUACUGCCCUUCAGCAGAAAACACAUCUCAGGGGGUGACCUCAGGAAAUGUUCAGACUCCUGCGGAUGGAGGUCAGGGGUCAACACUGAAGCACCAGCGGCUGGAGAAGACCAGCUCCACCCUGGAGGAAGCCCUGAAGGCAGUGGAGAGAAAAUUGACUCUGGAGAACAACAACAAUGUGGGUGUUUCUCAUGUGGUGAAGUCUGCGGGGAACAUUCUGGAUGACAUCGGGAACAUGUUUGAUGAUCUGGCCGAUCAGCUGGACGCCAUGCUGGAUUAAAGUCAUCAGGGUUUUUUUUUUUAACCAUGUUUUAGACAUCCCAGAAACAGGAGAGUAGAAAUCUACACGAUUGCCUUACAUUUCAAGCAGAGGAGAACUCUCAGACACGAAUCUCUGCCGAUCUCCAUUUCUAAAGACCACACAGACACUGAUCUCUACUUGUUUUGUUGAUUCCUAUUUCAGUUUACCAGCAUAUACUGUUUAUAUAUAUAUAUAUGCGUGUGUUUCUUUUUGUCUUGUUAUUUUAAUGUGUUUGGGGGGCUGGACUGUGGACCAAGCAUGACCCAAAUGAACUGUUCAGAUGAAAGAUGUGCACUUAGGAGAUCCAUUCCUAAAGCAAUAUACAUUUCACACCGCUACACUGAGUCAACACAUUUAUACACUUCACCAAAAAGUUUACUAGUCGAAACAUCUAAAAACUCCUAAAUCAAGAAGCAGUUUCAUGACGAGUAAAACAUAUUGUUUUGUUUUUCAGGAAUAAUACGUCAAAAUUAAGUGAGAUUUUUCGUAAAGCGAGAACAACAAUCUGUGAUUGGGCUAAAUAAUGUUGUUUUAAGUUUGAAAUGUGUUCAUUUUACUCACAUUUAGCUUAUUUUAGGGGAAAAAACUCACUUAUUUUUGACUUAUUUGAUCAAAAAAAUAAACAAAAUGAAAGUUAAAAAUAUAUAUAUUAUAUAUUUAUAUAUAUAAGCAAUAUCACGUAUAUCUCGUAUAUCUCAAUAUCUCGUAGCAGUGCGAUAUGGCUGUAUAUCGGCACUGGUGGGAGGCGUCUGUUGGCUCGAGGCCGCAGGCUGAGUGCCUUUGUGCCCCUGCAGUUCCGAUAUACAGCCAUAUGGCACUGCUACGAGUGUGAUAUUGCAUUUAUACAACAGUUCAUCGGCAUAAUCGUGUUUAUAAAAAAGAAAAUCAUACACGGAGAGUCUCAAAACUACUUUCUUCCACCAUUCAUUCACAUCUGCAGCUGACGUCAGAACAGUCCGUUACUAAUUUACCAGCGUCACUUUAGAGCUAGUGUUUGAAUGAUUCUCUAGCGUAAUGUCUAAAGUGACGACUGUUUUUGCUGACAUUUUAAGAUUAUAAAGCUGAACAGCAUGAAAUGCCAUCAGUCUACUGAGAUUUCCCAGUAUUACUCUGUUGCAAUUAGAAGAUCACAAUAAUUAACCCAGAAUAAGCCAAAACAAACUCUAGCGGAUUACUAUGGUAUAAAUACAGCACUACAACAUACAAAGGAUCGACUUAGAAUGUCACUUACCUGAUUUAUAAUGAUUUGAUCAGCUGUAGUGUUUCUAAUUUAAUUGAGUUUUUCUCCUCUAAGGGCUUAUUAUGCGGUCUCUGUCGCCAUCUUGUGGUGCAUGUGCCUUUGCACUGCUCGGUAUGGCAGGCUGAUGGCCGCCGACUCGCUGAAUCUCCGAAAUUAUGAAUUUUUAAAAUCAGCAUUAUCCUUAUAAAUAAACUGCACAGUUAUAAUCUAAACAACUACAUUAUCGCUUUAAGAAGCCUCAAAUAUACAUUAUGUUGUCCAACAGCUGCAAUAUUUGUCGAACUGUAGUGAGUUUAUUGAUUUGCUGUCAGUCUAUGUGGGUGGAGGAAUACACAAGGGUGAAGAGGCCGUACAAGUGCUGUUACUGCAGAAUAUUGCACGGCUAUCAGCCAAUCAGAUUCGAGAACCAGACAGAACUGUUGUAUAAAAAAAAUGAAAUAUUAAUAAUAUAUUAUAUUCGUUUGAAAAUCCUUUUAUUAAACUAAAAAGGAUUUUUUACCAUAAAACAAUGUAUUAUUAUUAUUUUAUUUAAUUUUUUUGUCAUUUUUUGUGCUUCUGUUUUUUUUUUUUUUUAGAUAUUUCGACUAAAAACAAAAGUCAAUGUUCACUCAAAAGUGUCAAUUCUAUCAGUAUUUAUAGUCAUCAUGCUAAUCCAAAUCACUACUGUCUUUUAUAGAGUUGUGUAAAGCAACAAUUCAUCCAAUGACUGUGCUUUCCAAAGCAUUUAAGCUCAAAAAUGUUGUUUAAUAAGGACUACAUGUGAUUUUUAUACAUUUCAGCAGGUAAACAGCCUUCGGGAGGUGCUUGUCCCUCAUUUUUCUUAAUGACUUCCCAGGUAAAAACUCAUGACUGACGUCGUUCUGUUGAAUGAAAGUGUGCUUUUAAAGGGAACAUGAAUGCUGAAACGCUGCCUUAAUGCACCUAAAGCAGGAACCAUGAACUAUUUUUAUUAGUCUUUAAACUUAUAUUAGUCCAAAAAUAGUAUUUAAACUUUAUCAGAUAUGUAUAUUGUACACUAAAGGUAUAUUUGAUUGGGAAGCAAACCUGUUUGUUGUACCAAAGCAUAUGUAUAUUUUUAUUUGAUGUCAAAUGUCGGAUGACGCUAACGCUAACAGACUGAUCCUGCAGCUAAGCUAAUGGAAAGUAGCAUUUCUACUUUUGCACACGAUCUGAUGUGUCCGAUGUGGGAUAUUUCCACACUCUUCCUCUGUGCCAUAUGUCUGAAUUGAUGUUUUAUUCCAAGUGACGAGAUGUAAUUAAUGGCGUUUGUUUAACUGAAGGCCGAUUUAGCAUUUAGCGCUAGUUUUAGAGCCCAUUUUAAGGCCCAUUCACAUCAUGAAUAAUAACUAUAAUGUGAAACAUAAAUAUUGAUAGAUACAUGGGAAUGAGAUGUGUGGUUAUUAUCAUAUUAUAGUGAUUGAUCUUGGUAUGAACAGGCCUUUAGUCGUGUUGAUAUUAUACACUAGUGAUGUACUUGAUUAGUUUUAAUAUACAGUAACAACACUGAUAUGGGUAGUCCUAAUUUUUGCUAACCUUUUGUAUUAAAUGAAUUAAGUAAUUUUG